AUGGACCCGGACCCGGACACGGACCCGAACCCACUGCUCGCGAUGGAUCCUGGUCCUAGACUCACAGCGCAGACCGAGGUCUCACGCUCACAGCCUUUGGUCAAUGAAGCACAGAAACUACUUUCCAAGUACCGUCGUACUGUGAGCGAUCGCGUCCAAGAUGACUUCUUCAUUAGUCAUGUGGCUAUGGGAGAGCUCACUGAUAAGUGUUUCGACGAUCUUCGCGAGUUACGUCACGAAGUAUUCACAAUCAUAUUGAGGAGACUCAAAGCUCGAAACAUCACCUCUACCUUACUGAAACAAGACGCUUUCUGGUGGUGUUUACCGACAAACCUGAAUCAAACAGAUUCUUUUCGUCUCCUCCUGGAAGAUCCUCUCGCAGUAUCCACCCACCAGCUCAACAGUAUGCUCAAGCUGGAGCAGUCGACUCCGGAUAGCCCCGAGCCGGCCCCAAACUCGACUCUGUUCUACGUACGCUCCUUCACCAUGACGGUAAAAGACAUGCAUGACGUGUUCCAAUCGAUGCUUCACGACCGAUUUGACAUGAAUGGGCGUAUAUUUGGCUGGUUAGAAAUCAUCGAUGGCUGGCGCCACAAUGUCUGCAUGACACUGAGGUACAUCGGACAAUCAAAGAAUAAGCCCUGGGAUCGCCACUCCUCCGACAUCUACUCCAAAUCUCUUCGGUCGUUCAUGAACCGUUUCCUGAAGACCGUAGGUAUGGUCUGUCCAGCUGUACUCGAGCAGGCUGUUGUCCAUGUAUUCACGAAUGCAAGCGCUACUGGAGGCGCACCUCUUGGACCUAACAUCAUCGAGCUGCACGAGCAAGUCUUGAUCGCGCUAUUCGGUGACGGCGUACUCAACACUGAGGCAGGGGGUAACGAUAUGGUUGCACUCACGAAGGAAGAUCAUGAGAUCUUCAAAUCCCUCGGCACCCAAACUAUCUCGGCAUUGCAGUUUACAAAGGAAAUUUCGACAACGUCCCAACAGGCUCUAUUGAGGUACGCGAAGGACGUUCGCACUUACGUAAAUCAGCAUCCUACCACCACCAAAGGCAAAUCGAAGCGGCACGAGUUCACCGACACUACCGAGAGUAUGCUCGUCCGACAAGGUACCCCACGAGUGCUUCCAGACGGCUCAGCUGUCAUGGUCACGCUCGGAUCUGACCUAGGCGAUACACACGAUGACGAUGAAGCGCCCUUCUUCGAGGCUGGUGGUCGUAGUGCCGAGCUUGUUGAGGUUCUGUACAACAACUUUGCGUACUGGGAACAGGGACUGGUUGCAUCGUUCGAAGAGGGUUUUACGAAGAAGCUAGCCAAGCAGAACCUGCUUCCAUUCUUUGAUUUGUUUCCUUGGUUUGUCAAGCAUUCAGACGACUAUCCAUCCGCUAUCAACUUUGCUCGGCAGUAUAUGGAAGCUACCACACCCUUCGUGGUAUUGACUUAUGGUAAUCUGUCAACGUACGCGGCCACAAAGAGUUUCCAACCCUUUUCUGAAAGGAACUACAACGCAGAAUAUGCCUCAUUGAGGAAGGAUGUCAAUCGCAAGGCAUAUUGGAUCGAGCAUGUGAUGGGCGUACCUCAACUGGCUACGUUUGACGGUGGCUCCGGUUUGACCGCAGGUAAAGAGUUCAUCCUGAUCCCGUGUUACCAUCCAGGUCGGAAUGGACAUGCUGGCAUCAUGAAGACUCUCAUCACACGCCUGCUGACCAUGGUAUCUGCUGUGGCAUGGUCCGCUAUUGAACUUGCGAUUUCUGUCGAUCAGCACAAGGUUGGUUUUUCACGAAAGCAGAAGUGUGAGGAGAUCUUGAAGCUUCUCAAGACAAAGAUUGAUCCAGAGCAUGAAUUUGGUAAAGAGAUGAUGAAACUCAAGUCUGAGUAUGUCAUCGCUCAUACUGUGGAGUCACAAAACAGGUUCAUGCGAAAACAGUUCCUCCCAAUAGGCAAGCCUUCAAAAGGCAUUCUUCCCACGAAGGUCCAGCGAAGGGCUCGUAGAUCACUGUUCGACACAGACUUUCAGACUUCGGAUGCCUACGGUGGUGGAUUCGAUGUUGCUAUCCAAAUUCAGAAUUGGAAUGGCAUCUCGCCGAUCGACAACAAGCGUUUCAUGAUCACUUGGACAGAAGAAGAUGGACAAGUCUGGAAUAUUGCGCCAGUCCUUCUUCCUGACGGAGCUCUACCGAAAGACCAGAACGACAAGCGAUACUUGUUCUACACCUCUGGCGGCUUGGAUAUACGGAACGCUGCCGAUGAAUCAGUAGGCAAUCGGAAGCCACUGAUAAAUGGCAACAGCAAGGCAGAAACCAUACCCAUCGCAAGCCUCGCCAUCACCAUAUGCGACCAAGCAAAUGCCACGGCCUUCUUUUUGCAUUGGGAAGAAGUCACUGGACACUCUAUAAACGAAGUUCUUGGAUCAAGGCUGGUGAUGAAGAACGAUACGUCAAACUCUUUCAAAACCGCCGAUGAUGGCUUCUUACCAGCUUCUUUCUUCGAAAACUCGCCUUCCAAGCGUGGCUUGCCAUUCUCGUGGGUCAAUCCUACUACUAUGAUCAAGUCUCCGAACAAAUACCUUAGCAUCAUCCGAGCGAACCUACCUGCGUAUCCUGGAGAUCUCGUCUGGCUCAUAAACCGAUUUCUAGAGGAGGUUCUUCCCGAAGGUGGCGACAUCGACCCUAUUCCUGGAUCUAUCCACACUAACUCGGUAUACAGACUGGUCGUACAGUUCUGCAAUCAAGCUAAGUAUAAGUACCACCCUCAUCUACGGACUUUUCUAGCUUUUGCUAGUAUGGCCGAGAUGGGCAAUGAUGAGCGGUUCGUUCCCGCUAAUGCCUUCAUGAACGUUAUGAAAAUUAUCUUCGGUGAUGUCGAGCACAAGAGGAAAACAGCUAGGAUCAAGAUUAACGGAGAGUCAAAGACUAUGGACCGACUUUGGCUCACUGUUGGGAAAGACCGCGAGACCGGCGUCAUUCAUGAUGUUGAGGAUCCUGAACUCGAGCAAGAUAUCAUCAUCGAAGAAGAUGUCACAGAAGACGAGGACGACGAGGUUGGUGCGAUUGGAGCUCGGAAGCGGAGGAAGGAAGAUGAUGAGGAUCAAGGCGAAGGAUCAAGCAUACUCAGAACUCAUACUACGAGUACUGAAGACACUGGCGACUCUGAUUUUGGUAUGGACUUUUUGUAG